CGAAACUAAAAUUUUUUCCCUCUUUGGAAAUUUACAUUUUCUGAUUCAGCAUUAUGCAAGGACGUUUUUCUGGAAAUAGAAACAUCAGCACUUGCCAAAGAAUGUUAAUUUCAGUUUUUGGAGGUCAUUAGGGAAAUAUUAAGUGCCAGCGUUAGUUAAACACUACACAGAUCACCUAUCGGAUGUUUACAUCACGGACUAAUUUAGUCGUGCAUGUCCGUAAUGUUGGCCUAGAUUGUGAUUAAUAUCGUUCACUUUUUUGAUAACAAGGAUAUUUGCUCACUUUAUUACUGAGAACAACUAUGGAAGAGGAAGGAGGAAGAGCUGACAUGGAUUUGACUUCGAAGAUUGCCGAGCGUUCAGAACAGGAUCUGCUGCCUUUGAAGGAAGACCUAGCGGAAUGGCUAUCGAGAGUUCUGCAAGAAAAAAUUACCGCCGAAAAUUUAUUAGAUUGUUUAGAUAACGGUGUCCUGGUUUGUAAACUUGCUCAGAUCGUACAGUCAGCUGCUCAAGACUGCAUAAAAGCUGGAAAAUCAAUGAAAUCACUUGCCCCGUUCUCUAACAAGUUUCACCAAAACGCUAAAGCGGGCACAUUUUUUGCUCGGGACAAUGCGGCGCAUUUCUUGCAGUGGUGUCGACAGAUCGAGAUUGAAGAUUCAGUUCUCUUUGAAUCGGAUGGGCUGGUUCUUCAAAAGCAACCAAGAGAAGUGAUAUUGUGUCUACUAGAAAUUGCCAGAGUGGGUGCAAACUAUGGAAUAGAACCUCCAAAACUUGUCAAGCUAGAAAAAGAAAUUGACGAUGAGAUUGCCGCGGAGGACGAGAAGAAGCCGGAAUUAAAACCAAUCAGAAAGGAAAAGAAAGUGUCGAAAGCAGCAAGCAUUGACGCUGAGGUUGCAAGACUAGCUGCAAAGUAUAAUGUGAGAAUUGAAAAAAUUAAAGAAGGGAGAUAUGUGGUGGAUGGAAAAAUCAACAUCUUUGUCAGGAUUUUAAGGAACCAUGUUAUGGUGAGAGUUGGAGGUGGAUGGGACACAUUGGAACACUUUAUCAGUCGCCAUGAUCCCAAUAAGAUAGGAAGAAUUUUGACAUCAACACCUCAGGCCUGUUCUCACCACCAUCAUCACAGUCAAAUACCUGGAAUGCCAUGCUCUGCUUCAACAUAAAAGCUUUGUAUUUGGACCCAGUUAGAUCCUUCAAUUAAAGAAACUUCUAAUAUUUUUUAAUAAUUUUAAAAUAUGAAUUUUAAUUUUUAUAGUAUUAUGUGUGUGCUGCAUACAUUGGAUGCCUUUUAAAUUUGGUAUUUGCCAGUGACCUAAGUAUGGCAUGAACCUCUUCAAGGUCAAUGUGGCACAAACUUUUUCUUUAUGUAGAGUCAUAAAAUGUGCAAGCUGUGCCCAGGCUGUGAAUAGGGCAAUUUUUUUGUGCAUGUGCGCGGUUAAACAAAAUUUAAGCAGGAAUAAGGUACUAACAUGUAUGUAUGCUAUGUUUCAUGGGAUAUGGGUAAACUAUAUCUCACAAAACUUUGUAUUUAGUUGCAAGAAAAGAUGUUGAUAGCUUGGCAGGUUAACCAAGAGAAGAAUAAUUUUUUAAAACAAAUUGACUUUUCCAAAAGCUUAAAAGGAGUUUUUUCUAAAUGAAGACAAUUGCUUUUGGGGUUUCAUUAGCAAAUUUGAAUACACAAUUGAGAAUCAGGAAUGACAUACUGGUAUCAUUGGUGAUAAGUUAAGAUUAAACAUUGUGAGCCAGUUAUGCUAUGGCUGAUAUUUAAAUUACGCAACUCAAGAAUUGUAAGUUGCAAUUUCAAGAAAAUGUGGAGCAUGAAAAUUUUAUGGGAUUAGAUUUGGCAGAUCAGCAAUUUUUUGUGCUUUAGGGAACAAAAUAUUGACAAUCCAAGGUGGAAUUGAACAAAAAUUCAACAGGGAUAGAUAUUAUUUGCACUGCUUUUUUUUUUCAAACAGAACUUAAAUAGUCACUGUGACGGAAAUGUAAUAUUUUCAACUUCUAGAACAUGUUGGGUUGCAGCAGCCUACCCAGAAAGUUAGAGAUGUAUUUAAUACUUAUUGUUUUUAUUACUAAUCAAAACUUCUUUAAACUCUGUGAAAUCUUGGAAUCUAGAUGCCUUAAAGGACUGAUAAAACAAUGAAAUAAAAUUCAACAUGCUUCCCUCUGCCUUUCCUUACUCCAGAGGAGUUUUCUCUUUUGGUUUUAGCAUGAAAAUCUUUGUUGAGCUAUGCCUAGUGAAAAUUUUUGGCAGACAUUUGUUUUUUUAGUUGAAGAAAACUUCAAAAUCUUUAAAAAUAAAAACUCACAAAAUUUGCUACAUUAUGGAGUUUAUUGGUGUGAAGAUGUUUUUUUUUAUUGUAAAUUAGUUGCAACGUUUCAGAAAGGUUUAAUAAAAUUUGCCUC